AACGUCGCGAGUGGGCGGGCAGGCAGAGAGCCAGUCGGUAGGAGAGUGACAGAUGGGCACUGCAAAGCCACGCCUUUCGAAGGCGCGGGAGGGAACUGACAGAGAAGAGCAGCCAAUCAAGAGGAGGGGGCGGGCGCCCGGAGGCCUCUGCUUUGUGGUGGGCUGUAAGGGCUCUAACACAGUCCUGAAAAAGGUACCCCACCAGGAUGGAUUUCCCCGACCACAGCAAGAACCUGUUGCAGAGUCUGCGGAAUCAGCAACACGAGGGUUUCCUUUGCGAUUGCACAGUGCUGGUGGGCAGCACCCAGUUCCUGGCCCAUCGAGCCGUGCUGGCCUCGUGCAGUGCCUUUUUCCACAUGUUCUACAAGGAAGGGCUGGAUAAGGGGGACUUCGUGUGCAUCAACAAUGAGAUUGUCACCCCCCCAGCGUUUGAACUGCUCCUGGAAUUCAUGUACCAAGGUGGUCUCUCCUUCAACGAUACUCCGGUGGAGGACGUUCUCGCUGCUGCCAGUUACCUGCACAUGAAUGACAUUGUGAAGGUGUGUAAAAAGAAACUGCAGGCCCGGGGUAUGGCUGAAGCAGACAGCACCAAAAAGGAAGAAGAGUCCCCGGCCAGUUCAGAACUUCUACCCAGCACUUCUAAGUGCCAACUGCAGGCCCCCAGGGCACAGCUGUUGCCCUCUGCACCCCUGCAGCCUUGUGAAGCAGAGAAGAAAAAUGCAGAGGAAUGGAAAGGAGUCGAGAAAGCUGGUUCUGAGAAACCGCUGGCCUCCACGCUGGAUGCUGCGGACACCACCCAGCCUGGCAUGGAAGGCGAUUCCCCGCAGGCUCUUCCCCCAACCAGACCCCUCCAGCCAGCUAUCGUUGACAUCUCCCUCUCCAGCCCCAGCAGUUCCACUGAAACUAUCUCACACAGCUGCUUUCCUCUGGGGAACAUUGCUGAGGGGCCUUCUAGUAUAGACACUGCUCCGGAGAAGUAUGCGGAACAGCGGGAAGGCAGCAUCCGUGUAUUCUGCCAAAAGGAACCAAACAGGUCCUCCGUCAAAGUCAAAAUGGAAGCCAUUGUGAUCUCUGAUGAGGAACCAGAUACGGCUGAGCAGCUAGAGGGCCAGAACCUGGAGAUGGGGCUGGAAAGUGCGGAAGGAGGGUCAGCUGGAGGCUGCAGCCGCCACUUGGAUAGCUUUCCGGAGCCUGGUGGGCUGGAGGAGGUAUCUUCAGAAGGCAACUUCCUGACUCAGGAGCCUGUUCCCUAUCACAUGAUCCCUGUGCCCAGUGGACAAAGCUUCUCUAACAUGACAAUUCCAUCAUUGCAUGAACAGAUGUAUCUGCAGGACUACGAGGUUCACCCUAACUUUGGCAUCUUCACAGAGGACAUGCCCACUUGUAAGACAUGUGGAAAGACCUUCUCGUGCUCCUACACGCUCCGGCGCCAUGCCACAGUCCACACCCGGGAGCGCCCCUAUGAAUGCCGCUAUUGCAUGCGGAGCUACACCCAGUCCGGAGACCUCUACCGGCACAUCCGCAAGGCGCACAACGCAGACCUGGCAGCUAAACGUUGCAAACAGGAUGUGGAGAAUCCCUUGUAGGGUGCCCACAUCUGGGCCGGAGUCUGCAGUUCCACUCAAUUGCUCCGCAGUACAAAGGCCAAAAUUUUUCUCGUUUUUGAACUUUGUGCAAAAAGCCACAGUAUCUGUAGCUAAGUGACAAAGAAGCCUCCUUUCACUGACUGCUUCGUAUUGUUCUUGAUUUAGCCUUCUUACCCUGUCUCUCAGUGUAGCUCCAUCUUUUUGCCUCAAAUAUUUGGUGUUGUUUUUUCCACAGGGCAGUUUUUUGGUCAACACAGUUGAGAUCCCGGCUUUGGAUCCUGCACAUGGUCCAGAAGAAGCCACACAGUAGGAACCGUUAGUAUCUUGGAAAGAUUUUUUCCAUAUCUGUUUAUAUGCAAACCAAGUGGCUUUAGGAAACGUGAGACUGGAAGAGGAAGGAGAUCUCUUGCUGCACCAGACAUGUGAUCCUGGCUUCGUUUUUGCUCAAAAGAGGGCGUGGAAGCUUUUUAAUGAUGGCAGUUUGUAGGGGUUGCAAUUUCACUUAAAAAACCCUUUGUAGUUUGUUCAGAUUGUUCAGAAUAUGUCACAAAGGGGGAACAGCACCCCAAGAGGUGUGAAGGCCCAGGGGGAAAAAAGGAAAAUGUAAGGGGAAGUAUUUUUCUCUGUUGUUUCCAUAGGAUUUCCCCCCCUAAUUAUCCAACAGAAAGAUUGAGAAAUUUUCGUGAAACUGGAAAUAAAAAUCUAAGAAAUAUUUUCUAUUUUUAGAAUGAGUAAAAUACUUCUUGAGGUAAGGGGUUUUUGUACUCAAAAUGUAACAGCAUGGGGAAAAAAAUCCAUGGAUUUCUGGUUUUCCAAAGGGAAAUUUGGGAAGUACUUAAAAAAAACACCUUAUGAAAUAUUUUCUGUUUUUGAAGGAGAACAAUCUUACAAAGCAUUUCAGUCAUUCCAAAUUUACAGCAUGAAAAACAUCUGAGAACUUUCUCAAGAACUUGGCGUUCUUGAUGUUCUAGAGUUUAACUUAAUACACAAAUAUACUGUAGUUCUACAUAUCAAAACAGGAUGAAAGUUUCAAUCCAAUUAACAUGCAUUCUUCUAUUUACUACAGAGUUUGUUUUUAUCUUCAAAUUUUAUUUUUUCCUACCUGUCAGGUGGCAAAUUUUAAAUAUAUUCGUUCUGUGGUAGCACAAGGGCAGCAGCUUGCAAAACAUUCUCAAAUAUUGGGUACGCUUACAAUUUUUCUUACAAAAAAAUAAGAAAUUUCUACAUGUAAAUUCCCUAAUAUGCUAAAUGGUAACAUUUUGUAUGUUAACUAAGACAGAUUAUGCAUUUUGUGUUGUUAAAUCGGUAAAAUAGGGUUAGGUUUGAUAUGAAAGUAAGUACUUCAAAUUUUUCCAAUUUUUUCCUCACCUCCCUCCGCAAUGUGGUGUAGCAAUUAAGAGUGGAGGACUCUAAUCUAAAGAACAGGGUUUGAUUCCUCACUCCUUCACACGAGUGGUAGAUUUUAAUCUGGUAAACUAGGUUUGUUUUCUCCGCUCCUCCACAUGAAGCUUUCUGGGUGACCUUGGGCCAGUCACAGUUCUCUCAGAACUCUCUCGGCCCCGCCUACCUCACAAGGUGCCUGUUGUGGGGACGAGAAGGAAAGGAAUUAAGGAGUUUGUAAGCCGCGUUGAGGCUCCUUUUGGUUGGAAAAAUUAGGGUAUUAAAAAUCAACCUUUUUUAUAAUCAGUUUUUUCCCUGUAAUUUCAACAUUUCCUGAAAUUUUACAUCUCUGUGCACAGCUCUGAGAAAGCCCCUUGCCUGGGCCUGGUGACAUCUUUCACUCCUGUAGUGUGGGCAGGGAAACAUUGGCUAAAGUGGGCUGGGUGAUCCUUUUUGGCAUAUGAAGUGUAGGAAGGACUAAUGUACUGAUGUUAUCACAGACUCCGUCUCCGUCGGGGCUGCAUCCAGCUCAUCCCAGCACUACCCAUAUUCUAGUGUUUUCAUGUUACAAAAGGAGGAAGGGAGGCAAGAGCUUGGCCAAUGGGUCCUCCUGUACAGCUGGCAUAGCUGGGAAUUUGAACUCCUUUUUUCCCUCAGCUCUUCACCAUCUUUGUGCUUCAGAUUCUCAAGCCUGCCAAUCCAGAGCCAUCACUGCCAAUUUCCAGCUCUCCCCACCAGGACUCCGUAACUGUCCCAACAUGUGUUGUAUAUUCCUCCAGCCUGUUAACUCUCAGCGGCCUCACUGCCAAAGACUCACUGUCUCAAGUAAAAAAAUAAAUAAAUCACCAAGUGGGUCUUGCCA